AUACAGUACUACCUCACUGCAUGCACGUACAUGUCCACGGGAACAAAUAAGCUUUUCGCACUUCCGACACUUGUUUUCGUAGCAAUCGUUAUUAUCUAGUGUCUUUCUCUGCUUGCUUGCUAAGCUCUUCGUCAUAGUUAAGCGGGCGGAUUUCUUUAAUAACUUUCGAAACUUUUGCCUGAGACCACAACAACACACAUUACACAACUCCACUCAAGGCUAACACAACGUCUGCCUAUUUACGACACCCUUCCGUCCAAGACAUUCGCCGACCACAGCCUACGCGUAUAUAUAUCUGAAGACUGCUCUGCCAUAACGACCUUCUCCGGCCAAAGGAUACCUCUCACGAAAUCACCGCAGCCAUGAGCAGUUCCGAACCAGCUGCCCCGCCGCACGGUGAAACCGACCCCGCGAGCACAACCACACAAGCACAACCAGAGACAAGCACAGUCACAAGCACAGAUGCACCUCCUACCACGACAGCCCCCUCCUCCCACCCCGAAGCCGAGACCAAGGAAGACAAGCCCCGCGACAGCAAAGGCUGGGACGGCAAACUACGCGUCGUACGAGGCACGUUAGGCAACGGAUCGGGCGACCCCAACGCCAGCGACGAUGAAGGCCCCUCCGAAGACGAAGGCCCGCCACCGGAGCAACUCGCCGCAGACGAAGACCUCCUCGACGACGUCGAAGACGACGAAGAGCAAAUCGACCUCGUGCACUUCCGCGUGUCGAGCAUCCCGGCACUCAAGCUCGAACGCUUCACCAAGCUCCAACGCCUCUGCCUCCGCCAGAACCAGAUCUCCGCCAUCGAGAUCCCGGACGCCCUCGCCCCGACACUCGUCGAGAUCGACCUCUACGACAACCUCAUCUCGCACAUCAAGGGCCUCGAUGCGUUCGUCGAGCUCACGUCGCUGGACCUGUCGUUCAACAAGAUCAAGCACAUCAAGCGGGUCGACCACCUGAAGAAGCUGAAGGACCUGUACUUCGUGCAGAACAAGAUCAGCAAGAUUGAGGGGCUGGACGGGCUUGACAAGCUGCGGAUGCUGGAGCUCGGUGCGAACAGGAUACGCGAAAUCGAAAACCUCGACACCCUCACCUCCCUCGAGGAGCUCUGGCUCGGCAAAAACAAAAUAACCACCAUCACCAACCUCACCCCGCUCACCAACCUCACCAUCCUCUCCAUCCAAUCCAACCGCCUCACCUCCAUCUCCGGCCUCGAAUCCCUCACCGCCCUAGAAGAACUCCACAUCUCGCACAACGCCAUCACAUCCAUCGACCCUUCAUCCCUCGCGUCCAACACAUCCCUCCGCGUCCUCGACAUCUCCGCCAACCCGAUCGAGCACCUGACGGGUCUCGAGCACAACGCGCAGCUGGAAGAGCUGUGGGCGUCCAACUGCAAGUUGUCGAGCUUCGAGGAGGUGGAGCAGCAGUUGGGAAACAAGGAGGGGUUGCAGACGGUUUAUUUCGAGGGGAACCCGCUGCAGAGAGUGCAGCCGGCGCUGUAUAGGAAUAAGGUUAGGUUGGCGCUGCCGGGGGUCAGGCAGAUUGAUGCUAGUGAGUUUAUGAUUUCCUUUCCUUUUUUUGGUUUUGUUUGAGGGGUUGCUGAUGAUGCGGGGUUGUAGCGUUCGUGAAAUGAACUACAUCGACGAGGCGGAACGAAUCGAAUCGAAUCGAAUCGAAAUGAGAUAGAAGUCACGACGCAACACAAGAACUACAUGACACACCACCGAUAAGAUAGCAAGAGAUUUCCCAGUAGGACCAUCGUACCAUUUUCACAGACGACCAUAGACCGGAAACAAGUCGGCAAAGAGGAAGAAUGAAGAUGAAGCAGAGGGGGGGAAGGGAAGGCUGGAAAUAUGGGUUCUCAUAUGUCAUAGAGUGAAGGAGAGUAGAGUAGAGUAGUUAUUAUACCCCACAUCUUACCCCCACAAAAUCAUGGAAACUGAAAUGGAAAUUGAAAUCGAACAGAG